GUAUUUGAAAUUGUUACUGACUUCCAGCUUGAGGAGGCCCUCUCAGUAUCUGCUUAGCUCUAAUCAAAAUCACUACGAGAAGGCUACCUGAAUCACACUAUUCCUUCCCCAUUCUCUUUUAUUCAUAUACCUUUUUUCCCUUGCUUUUCGAUGAUGCCAUUGAAAGAACCAGAAGACGUCCUUGUUUCUGCGGACUCCUUAUUCUAGUUCGUAUCAUUGCACUUGUUAGAACAUCACUUCUGGGUGAAAGAAUCAAUUUGUAAACCCCCAAGAAGUCCUAGAGUCGUUCUAAGGAGGUAAGCUAUAGGGUUCGAUAUCUCUGUUUUUCUCCUGUUCCGCUCUAUUCUAUGGAUUUGCUAUGGACAUGCAUCCAGUAGGGAUUGGACCAAAAAGAGGUGGGGUGGGGACCCAGUAACACAAUUAUUGGGUCCCAAUCUGAAAAUUUGGUUCAGGGGACGUCAUUGGACUGCUAGCAUUUGUCUAGGGCGCUAAAUGGGGCCACUAUCGAAGAAAGAUAUUCAAAAGGAAACCUUUGGGGCUCACCACCUUAGGUUCAUGGGUUUCGAGGGAGGAGAACCAACAGGCGAACACUGCAGGCUCGAGCGGCCCAGCUCCAUCGCACCUUAGUUCGACCAGAUCAAAAGAAGAGUUGGUGGAAACUAUAAAGAUAAAAGUUGCUCAUUGGGUAAAACCUCUUAAGCUGUUCCAAAGCUUCUCAGGUGGCUGAUAUCUUGUGGGCUUGGAAAGAGUGGCCUCUUCAUCUAAGAAGAAAGAAAAGAUGGGAAUGGAAUAGAAGCCCCCGGCUCCAACUAAGGUAAAGCUGAAUUUUGAUGGAAACUCCAUGGGGAACCUGGGAUUGGCAGGAAUAGGGGGUGUCUUCAGAGAUUCAGCAAACAAAGUGCUGGCUAUGUAUUCAGGGCCUAUAGGGGUUGGAGACUCAAUAAAGGCUGAGCUUCAUGCACUUCUUCAGGGGUUAAAAUUAGCCAAACAAGCAGAUUUUAAAAACUUGGAGGUUGAAGGAGAUUCAAAACUGGUGAUUUCUUGGUCCAAUUUCUGAGCAGGUUUCCUCUCAUCCUCUGUUUUUGCCUAUAGCUGCCAAUAUAAUUGAAGCACUGUGAACAUUUGCAUAGACUCUUCUUGUUCUCGAGCCUGUAACUCAAACUAAAGGAUCAUAAAAGAAAAGGUAGCAAUGGACAAAUAAUCAGAGAAUCAUGAAGAGAAUGAGAACAGAAUCCUUUUCACAGUAAUAUGGAAGCACAUUGAAUCAAAGAAUCCAUUUGUUGCAAUAAUUGUAGAACCUAUCAUGUUUACUAAUGAUCGGAGGCAAGCAGAGCGUACAGGAAGAUACGGCACUCCAAGGGUCCAAUACCUUCAGGAGUUGGUUAGUGAGUUUCAGAACACAACUGAUGAAGAGUCAAAGGAGAGAAUAGUUGCUCAUUUGGCAAACUUUGCUUAUGAUCCUUAUAAUUAUACCUUUCUACGCCAGCUUAAUGUUCUGGAACUAUUCCUUGACUGCAUAACGGAGCCAAAUGAGAAACUUGUGGAAUUUGGGGCUGGUGGGAUUUGCAACUCAUGUGUAGAUCCAGAAAAUGCUGCAGUUAUCACUCGGUGUGGUGGCAUUCCUCUGAUCAUACAAUGUUUAUCUAGUCCAGUUAGAAACACUGUAAACUAUGCUCUUGGUUCUUUGUAUUAUCUCUGUACUGCAUCCACCAAGGAAGAGAUUCUGAGGCCAGAAGUGGUUGAAGUCAUCCAAGGGUAUGCUGCAGCUGGAGCAGUUAAUGUAAGCUUCAGCAAUCUGGCAAGAGCAUUCUUGGACAAGCAUGUACCUGAAAAGAUGUGAGAGAGGAAGUGCAUUUCUUAAGAAUCACUUGUUGCAGCAAAAAGCCUGCUAAGCCCUGGUUCAAGUGCCAUUGAUUUCAUUAUGGACCAAUUAACAGUCUAUACGUAACUAAACUUGAAUUCAUGUGGAAGCUGUUCAUUGCUGGGAGGUGUGCCAUGCCUAGCAUGAGAAAUAGAAGUGUUUUUUUUUGCUAUACAAUUAAGUAGCUUCUUCAAUAUUCAGUUCUCAGACAUUUGUAAAUUAUAUUGACCAACUUUUUUAUCAAUCUUUUGCAUAAUACUAAUGAAUCCUGUUUAUGAAAAUAAAUAAUCCUCGAUGACCAGGGGAUAGGAAGUCUAAUGCUA